GUACAACAGCAUCAUAUCUAGAUCCACUUCCCCAAACCUCGUGAGUUCUAUCAUCUUAUCUCCCCUCUGUCAAAGAGCACAGGUGCUUGGAAACUCGCAUCAUACGAUGCUGAUAGGCGGGUGGUCUGCCCCUCUGCUUAUGUGAGGGGCGGUUUCGUGAGCUAAGGAUCAUAGGUAAGUGGGGUGAAUAGAAGUAUGACGGGCGGCCCAAUUCGGGCCAAGAUUGAAUUACAUACUGGGUAAGCAUUGAGACCGGCUGGAUGAUUUAGACAGAAAAUCUGCUGCCGUUGAAUCGAGGAAUGGGAUGGGCAUUUCACUUAGAAAACAAAUGGUAGACGAAAUGGCUACAAAGAAUCGUGACUCGCUUUCUAGCGAUGAUAUCCAAGGUCAGAGUGAGGGCCUACUCUCUGAACACCGUCAAAUUGUCCUCUCGGAUAGAAAAGGAACAGGUUCUCGUCGACUUUAUCUGUGGUUGUUUGUGACAGUAGUUCUGAUCGGUUCAAAUUUCCUGACGGCGACACUCUGUUUUACAUAUCUCAACCAUGAUAACCAUCUCCUGAGACGGACCAGCUCAUAUUCCCCUAUAUUCGAUAAGUUGAAUAUACCCACAAGUCUAAGGAAUCUCCAUAUCCCCCUCAUACCCAAUGCCACGAAUCCCCGAGACAUUUACCGCUUACCACCCUCGCCAGAGGUGGAUGAAGCUUGGGAUCGAAUAACUCGUGUGAAUCUAAUCAGUAUCUCUGAAGAUGAGAUCCGCAAGCUUGGAAAAGACCCCUCUCUGACCAUCCAUUCGCCGAGGUCAUGGUGGUCUGAACCAUGGGGUAGCGGAUAUAUAGGCCAGAUCGAUGUAUUCCACCAGAUUCACUGCCUCAACAUGCUCAGGCAGGGACUCAUAACCAACUACAACUACUAUUGGGGCAAGAAAUACGGCAUGACGCCCCCUGUCCCAUUUGGAAUGCAUCUAGAUCACUGUCUGGGGACGAUCCUGGAGAACUUAAUUUGUCAUGCUGAUGUCGACAUCGUCACGUUCAAUUGGAGGGAAAAAGAAGAUGAGCCUUUCCCUGACUUUGAGGUCAGGAAGCAGUGUAGAGAUUUCGAUGCUAUCUUGGAAUGGCAGGAUAAGAUGAAGCUCGAUGAUACUAUUGAGCGCUGGAAGGCUCUUCAGAAACCUGUUGACGCGAAGCAGAGGGAACUGCCUCCUGGCCUGGCGGAGAUUGACCCCUUAGGCGAUGGAGAGAUCGAUGGGAUCCGGGUAUCUAGAUUGAAAGAUGUGCCUGCUGGUUGUCUGUGAGAGGCAGUAUUAUAAAGAAUAUAUCUUAUGUGUACAUCUGACAGCAAAAGGAACAUAGCUCUGCUGAAAUAGUCUUUUAGAUCCCUAGCCAUGGCCUAUCUUGUAGCCAGGGAGUUACUCCAUUUGUUGAGACUGUACAGCAUCACGAGACAUAAAGCUCGGCCUCUCCGUAGUAAGCUUUGAUAAC